CCGUCCCGAGCCCGCCGGUUGGUGGCGGCGAGCCGGCGAGCGGCGAGCGAAACUGCGAAAGGACACAUGCUGACACGCCAGCGCAGCGGAUUCCCUUCCACCACUCCGCGGCACGCACCACCAACUUAUAAAAGCCUCCCCGCGCACGUCUCGCCCUCUUCCCCCCACCGAUCCUCACCAUCGACCGAUCGCGCCCACCUUCCUCGCCACUUCCGAUCCACUGACUUCACACCGAGCUCCAUCCCUCGCCUUAUUCGGCGCCGCCGCUUGUGGUGCGGGCGCGGUCACUGCGUGAAGUACUGAAUUUGGCAUGGAGCGGCGCGACCACUGCCACGGCGGCAAGCACCCGCCCCCGCUCCCGCCGCCGCGCCGGGCGCGCGGGGAGCGCAGGCAGGCGUCCGCGUCCAGCGGGUCCUUCUCGGCCUCGCUCCUCGACGCCAUCUACCGCUCCCUCGACGAGGGCGGCGGCGGCGGCGCCGGGGCGGACGUCGCUGACGCCGCGCCCGCGACGGCGCAGUUCUGGUGGGCCAAGGACGCGGCCACCAAGCCGAGGCACUCUUCGAGCUCGGACAGGGACAGGCGCCGGCGGGAGGCGGCUGUAGUGGUUGCGCGCCCGCGCCACUCUGGGUACGCGUCGUCGACCACGUCCUCGUCGGACUCAUCGGCCAGCUACAGCAGCUUCUCCUGCUCCUCGGCGUCGACGACCGACACCGAGUCAACGAACCGCCGCCACAGCCCGCCCCCGCCGCGGAUGCCGGAGGAACCGGUCGCCGCGGACGCCGAGGAGGCAACCCCACCACCUAAGAGCAAAGGGAAGAAGAAGAGCAGGCCAUGUUUCCCCGUCGCAAGAAUCCGACCAAGGGCCUCAGUGCCGCCAUCUUCCGGGCCGCAGCCGCCGUCGCCGGCGACGUUCGCGUCCGCACUCAAGGCUCUGUUCUCCUCGGCGCGCCUCCAAAGGAAGCCCAAGAAACCGGCAGCCACCCCGCAGCCCCCAGUCUCGCCUCCGCCACCGCAGCCACCGUGCAAGUCCGCGAUGAGCACCGUGAAAGCGGUUGACGCGCCGGCGGAACCGUCGGAGCCGAGGACGGUGAGGUUCCGCCCGGACGCCGAGGCGUCGGUGGUGCGGCGCAGGGUGGAGGAGCUGGUGCGGGGCCUCGAGGAGCUGGAGGCGGACGAGGAGGGGAGCGACGCCAGCUCCGACCUCUUCGAGCUGGAAAGCCUUCGCGGCGCCGGCGCCGAUGAGCUGCCCGUGUACGGCACGACCAGCCUCGUGGCCAACCGCGCUAUCGCCCAGGGGGCAGCUUGUUAAGAUCCGGAAAAACACUGCCAAAAGUCAAAACACUGCCAUUACUCUCCGUUCAUUUCUUGCAGUUUAAUAAUGCUGCAGUAUUUCGUUUCAAAAAUAAUAAUAAUGCGCAGCAUGGUCUGUACUCUGUCUAUAUUUGAAGUUUGUACGCUCCCUGAAAUAUGUUUUUCCAUGUAUAAAAUGUAAAAAUCCAAAAAUUGUGAUUAGAAAGGAACUGAGGCAGGAUCAAAUUCCAAACCAACGAAUUGAGGCAGUUUGUG